AUGUUUUGGCGGUUUGGCUUUAAUAGUUCCACAUUAGACACUCUAUUAGACAAGGAAGAUGUUACUCUAGAAGAAGUGUUGGAAGAAGAAGAUUUGCUGCAAGAAGCCAAGUCGAUGAACCCUAAAUUAGUAGAGUUUUUGAGCAAACCUGAGCAUAUCAAGGCUUUGUUGACCUAUAUUACUGCUACUGAUUUGGAGGAAAACAAACGAUUCAAGUAUCCUUUCCUAGCAAGCGAGAUCAUUGCAUGCGAAAUUCAACCCAUCAUUGAUGCCAUUGUGCUUGAACAUAAAGAUUUACUGGUGGAAUUCUGGGCCUAUUUAGAUACACCGGCAUGUCCUACGAGACGGGCCUCAGACACUUCAGACAACAAUGAGCAACAAGGUGUUGGACUGGAUUCAUUACAGGCAUCUUAUUUUUGUAAAACAAUUGGGGUGUUAUUGUCUAAAUAUCCUAUUGAGAUGAUGACCUUUAUUCAAUCAGAGGAUGGUAAUCUGGACAAGAUUCUAUCCCAUCUGCAGACAUCUGCCAUCAUGGAUUUGCUAUUGACACUUGUUCGCAUGGAGGAAUUGCCUGAAGGAAAAGGUGUUGUCAAGUGGUUGAGCGAUCAUGGCUUGCUUGAGAAUUUAGUUGAUAGAUUGGAUCCCUAUCUUGAUAGUGAGGAACACUCAAUUGCUCAGCAAUGUAUAUGUGAGAUCAUUCGCAUGUCUCAAACCAGCUUGCCCGAAUCACCCAGCAUUGGCAUCAAUGAACUGAUUAUUGAUUUAAAGAGCGAAUCAACAAUGCAGAAAUUAGCAAAAUUCAUGCUGGAUCCCGAUGCGCCCAAUGCAACAUCUACCUUGAUCAACGGUGUUUCCAUCAUUAUUGAUAUCAUUCGACAUAAUAACAGUGAUUUGGAAAAUGAUCCUGCCGUAGCUGCCUUGUACGAGUACCAAUCUGCAGCCGUGCGUGCCGGUGGUUCGGUAUCAUUAGCUGAUAUGCUCAGAGUCAUGGGAGAUCAUGUUCCAGAAUUUACACACCUGCUACUCAAGCCUCGAUCUGUCAAUGGACCCAUUCGCACAACACUAGGUGAAUUAGAGCCUCUCGGAUUCGAAAGACUCAAGAUUUGCGAAUUGUUUGCCGAGUUGCUGCAUUGCUCCAACAUGUCCAACCUCAACAAUUUCGCCAUGACACCUGAUGAGGAAGCUGAAUUGGAAGACAAGUUGCCGGAAGAAAACAAUGCUGAUGGAGAAAAGGAAGAAGAGGUCAAAGAGGAAACAAACAGCAAAAAGGAGGAUAAGGCAGAGGAAGCUGUGAAACCUGAAUCAGAGCCCGAGCUAUCCGUUGGCGAUUACCUCAAGUCCAAAUUCGUAGAUAAUAGAGCCAUGCCCAUCUGUGUGGACCUCUUUUUCGCAUUUCCUUGGAACAACUUUUUGCACUAUGUGAUUUAUGACAUGUUGCACCAAGUCUUUAAUGGCCGCAUGGAUGUAGGUCUCAACCGCAAUCUAGCCAUCUCCAUCUUGAAGGAUGGCCAGCUGACAGACAAGAUAGUCAUUGCUCAAAAAGCCAAUGACGAAGAAUGUGCUAAACCCAAAGGCAUGCGUGCUGGUUACAUGGGCCACUUGACCUUUAUCUCUGACGAAAUCAUGAAGCUGUUUGAAGGCUAUCCAGAAACCAUUGUUCUCGUCGUCAAAGAUGAUAUUGAUAUGGAUGGUUGGAACGCCUAUUGUAACAACGAACUCAAGGAAACCAAGGAUCGAGAUCAACUACCUCUAGGCGGAUUACGUCCAAAUGAUGAUCUAGAUGUACCACAAAGCGAUGAGGAAGAUGAUGAGGAUGCUUUAGAAGGCACUGCUGCUAGUCAGUACUCUAGAUUCUUGGCUCAACGAGGAGAAGAUGGUAAUUUCGAAGAGGAUGAUGAAGAUGACAACGAUCAUUGGAUCACUGGUAGAGACGACUUUAAUAGAGAAUACAAUUACAACAGUGGCAGUUUCUCUGUCAAUGAUAAAAACGAAAUUCAUGUAAAUCAAGAUGGCGCAGAAGACGGAGAAGAGGAUGAUGAAGAGUACGACAGUAACGAAGAAGAGGAACACGAUGACAAUAUCACACCUGACUGGACCAGAAACUUUUCUAAAUUCUCACAGCCUACCUCUCUUCGCCGCAUUCCUAGCCAUACAGCCAACGAUGACGACGAAGAAGAUUAUGAUGAUGGAGAUGAUUUUGAUCAUUUAGCUGACGCAGAAGAAUUGGAGAGAAGGGCAGCACUCAGACGAGCAUCCUACAAAGUAGCGGCAGAACAAGAAAAUCACAAAGACUUCAAUGCUGCAAGUCAGGGCAAUGACGAUGAUGAUGAUUUUGGUGAUUUUGAAAGCGCAAAUGGAGAUAAAAGCAACCAGCAAUGGGACAUGCUGUCAAAUAACAUGGAAAAUUUAGAUGUAAAUGAUAAAAAAGCCGCUUCUUCUUCAUCUUCGCCACCACCACCUCUACAAGACGAUCAUUUAGUUCGAGCCAUCAAAACUAAAGAAGAAGAGUUUUCAAAGCAAAAGAAAGAUUACCAGCAUGAAGAUGAAGAGCAAGAAGGCGAAGUCUAA